GUACCUGACGAACCCAAUUUGGAUCCUUGGUACCUCGCUUAUGGCUAUUGGGGAAAUCGCCAAUUUUGCGGCCUACACGUUCGCUCCUCCCAUACUGGUGACCCCCCUUGGAGCUCUUUCUGUCAUUAUUGGCGCCGUUUUGGCCUCUGUAUUUUUGAAGGAGGAACUUGGUACCCUGGGUAAAAUGGGAUGUGCAAUUUGUUUACUUGGCUCGGUAAUCAUCGUGCUGCAUGCUCCAGCAGACAAGGAGGUGCAGACAGUGGACGAGAUUCUCAACUACGCCAAACAGCCUGGCUUCAUGCUGUACGCUCUUGUGGUUGGUAUCUACGCGGUGUUCAUGAUCUACAAAAUUGCUCCUAAGUUUGGAAACCAAAACCCUAUGAUAUACAUCAGCAUCUGCUCCCUGGUGGGAUCAAUUUCCGUGUGUGCGAUCAAGGCAUUUGGAAUUGCCCUUAAGCUGACUCUUCAGGGCAACAACCAAUUUACACAUCCUUCUACCUACUUCUUCAUCAUUGUGGUGGUUGUGUGCAUUCUGACACAAAUGAACUACUUCAACAAGGCGCUGGCGCAAUUCGAUACUUCCAUUGUCAACCCACUGUACUACGUGACAUUUACCACAGCUACGUUGUGUGCUUCCUUCAUCUUGUUCCGCGGAUUCAACACCACCUCGUCCGUCAAUAUUAUUUCUUUGAUUUGCGGAUUCCUCAUCAUUUUCAGCGGUGUGUUUCUGCUGGACAUUUCCCGUCACGGUUCUGACACAGAUGAACUGUUUGCUACGAAGAAAGAUGGAUUAUCCGACAUUCCAUUAAACUCUGACCUGUCUGCAUACCAGUUCAGAAGAUCAAUGCAAUUGAACAGACCGAACCAGGAUUCUGCGUACCACAAUUUAAACAGCGACCCAUCUGACCGCCUUCGAAGACGCUCCGACAGUUUCGAAUUGAACUAGCACCCCGAAAUUGAGCAAGAAUACAUAGAGACCAUAUACACCUCCUUUAAAUAUCGUCAAUAUCCAACUCCUCCUCUUCAUCCUCUUCACUUUCAUUUCCAAAUUCGAAGUUAGCGUCGUCGUCCACGUCCUCACCAAAUGUAUCUGUUUGAUUGAUCUUUGCUGUUUCGGGAAGCUCCCCUUGGGAAAUCAGCGUGCGUGCUUCGUCCGCGGUAUAUUUAUGCACCACAUCGGCCUGGUUGUCUUGAAACUCUCUCAAGGCAACAAGAAUGAUGUCUCCUUGCGCCAUCCAAACCUUCUUUCUCAAUUUUCCUCUGAUAUGCGCAAUUCUGGUGACACCGUCAAAACAAGCUGCUUGCACGCGGCCGUUACCCAGCAUUUUUGUGAUUUGUGCAUAUUCCUGCUGUUCAUCCUUGUAAAUAAGCUCUCUUUUCUGAGACCAGUUCUCAUUCUUGCCUCUUCUUCUAUUCUUUCCUCCUUUGCCCUUUCC